AUAUUUCUUCAACUUGGUAUCGAGGCUUAAAAAUUCCAAGAUGGCGGACGACCCAGAACUUGCCGCUCUCAGAGCCAAACGAAUGGCAGAGUUACAACAACAGAUGGGGGGGCAGGAUCCAGCGCAAAUGCAACAACAGCAACAACAGCAAAUGGAGAAUGCCCAUAGGGAGAUGGAGAUGAGAAAUGCCAUGCUUACCCAAAUCUUGGAUCAGUCUGCUAGGGCAAGAUUAAACAGCAUAGCCUUGGUAAAGCCUGAAAAGGCCCGGAUGGUUGAGAAUAUGCUGAUACAGAUGGCUAGAAGUGGUCAAGUUGGUGGAAAGGUUGGUGAGACACAGUUAGUUGGAUUACUAGAGAAAGUGCAGGACAAAGCCCAGAAAACCACAGUUAAGUUUGACAGGAGGCGUGUGUUUGAUUCUGAUGAUGAUGACUAUUGACUGGGAGGACUGAUAUAACAUUUCAAAUUAUGUUGUAUUCCCGCCUUCUCUCAAUUACUUCAUUGCCCAUGGUACUUGCAUCGAAAAAAAUAGAGCUGUCAAUCUUGAUGUACUGUGCUACUGUGACAGAGGAUUCGCCAUGGUAACAUGCUGCCCCAUCAGCACGAGGGACAAAAUCUAAACAACAAAUCAAAACUACAUAAAGCCCCCUUAAGACACAGGCAGAAAGGCAAAAGCUUAGGAGAUAUUGAAUUGUUUUUUUUUAUGUACUGUUGGAGUUCGAUGGAUGUGAUAUUUUAAUAUAACUGUCUUGUAACAUUUUUCAUUUGAAAUAAAGUGUGAGAUAAGCUUUA